AUGCGACUCUCCCCGCUCUUCUCCCCACUCUUCCCACCACUCCUCUCCACCCUCCUCUCCACCCUCCUCUCACUCCUCCUCUCACUCCUCCUCCAACCAGCAUCAGCAACAGCAGUAGCUCAAACAGACAACACCAACCCGUUCGCGCCGCCAAUCUGCCGCGACGGCUACCUGUCCUGCAACACCGUGGACCACCCCGAAGUCUGCUGCCCCGUUAACACCGUGUGCACGUUCGACAGCCUGGGCACCAUUGCGUGCUGCCCGUACCAGAGCGCGUGCACGGGCUAUGUGAUUCCGCAGAAUCUGACAAAGUAUCAGAUACCGGCGCCGGCGAGUGAUAGGUCGGGGGCGGGGAGGGGACGGGGCGGGGGGUGGUGGUUGUGGGGGGUGGUGGGGUUGGCGGUGGGCGUGGGGUGGGGAGGAGUGCUGUGA